AUGACUACCACCGACUACACCGUUCCCGUAUCCGGGCUCGACGAGCUCAAAAAGCACCUCGACGACCUCGUCUCGGCACCGGAAACGCCCCUCGAACCGAAGCUCCUCGACGAUGUAGAGCUUCAGCUGAACGAAACAAACAUCCCGCCCCUCCUCCCGACCCUCCUCCCGAACCUCACGACGAUCCUCAAGACCACGCCCCACGACCCCUCCCCCAUCGUCUCUCUCACAAUCAAGCUUCUCUCGCCCGUCCCCUUCACCCAAACCCUCCAACUUGCCGACGAAUCCUCCCUUAUCGCCGCCCUUCGCUCUCCCGCCCCCUCGGCCAACCUCCUCGCCCUCGCCAUCCUCGCAAAGGCCGCCUCCUCCCCCUCCGACGCCGCCCUGCUCUCCCUCAUGCCCCGCGUCCUCGAGGAGCUCAUCCGCCGCUGGCUCUCUGCACCGCAGGUCGAGGUCGGCGAGAAAGCCACUCGUGUCCUCGGCGACAUUCUCGAAGUCGACUGUGAGCUCCCGCCGCCCCCCGCCCCCUCUGCCCCGUCGACCCUCGGACACGAGCUCGCAAGGCGCCGCCACGCCCCGGGCCAAGGACGAGUGUGGCGCCGCAUCUUCCACGAUCGCGACCUCUUCGCCCUCGUCCUCUCCCUCGCCCGCGGCCAAGACCCCGCCGAUGACGCCGCCCUGUCGCCGCGCCAGCUCUCCCUCGCUCAGGGCCGCGUCCUCCGCAUCCUCCCCCGCCUUGCGACCCUCAACAUUGCCGAGAUCGCCGCCUCCCCAUUCCCGGAUCUCACGGGCUCUGCCGACUCGGGCCUGCUACAGCUCGCCGCGCUGCACAUGGUGGACAAGACGGACACCCUGAUGCACCUCAACCUCGUCGACUUUUUCGAGACGCUGAUGAGCGUCAUGCGCGUCGCCGAGCACUCGCACCGGACCAUGGGGAUUCUGAGGGACGUCGUGAGGCAGGCGAACAGGAACGAUGACGUGCUGAGGAUGGCCCUCUUGAGUUUGCACGACCGCACGGUGCCGGAGGAGUCGGACGCCCUGCGGACUUUUAUCAGGGACGUCAUGGCAUGA